CCUCCGGGCUCUUCUGCCGUUUUGGGCUCCCGGGAGUCGAUCUGCAGCCGAAUGCAGCAGCUUCGCCCCGGCUGGCUGAAGCCCCGAGAGGAGGAGGAGAAGGAGGGAUCCUGGUGGGGCUGCUGCUCCCGGAGAUGGCGGGCUGGACGGAGAACUGCUCCCGGGCGGCGGUCCUAGCCGGAGGCUUCCCGCUCAGCUCUCCUCGGGCCCAGAUAGGGAGGUGGCGGCGGCGACAAGGGAAGGGAAUAUCCCUUCCCGGGAGGAAAAUCCACUUCCCUUACCCGGCUCAGAUGCAGAUGCAGGAGCCUCUGAAGCAGUCAGUCUUGGUAACUCCUGAAGGAAGAGAAGGUCUCUCCCAUCCCUCCCCUAUGAAGCAGCUAUGGGGAAGCAUCUCUGAGGAGGAUCAAAAUCCUCGUCGUCAUGGAUCAGCUACAGCUCAGGAUUCGGUGUCCUUCGAGGACGUGGCUGUGUAUUUCACGGAGGAGGAGUGGGCGCUGCUGGAUCCCAGCCAGAGAGCCUUGCAUGGGGAAGUCAUGCUGGAGAAUUUUAGGAAUGUGGCCACUCUGGCUUAUGGACAAGAGCACGAGAACUACAGGGAGCAAAUGAUCAAGUCGCUUGUAGAUCAAGAACCAUCACAAGGGAUUAGGAAAAUCUGUAAAGUGAGUGGUGGGGAGGAAUCUCCUGCAUACAAUGAAGUCCUUUAUCUCCGAACCCGGGAAGUUGACCAACAAGAAGAAGAGGGAAAAUAUGUCACAUGUGGCAAAGGAGACAAAGAGAACUCUGAUUUCAUUAAAUAUUCUGUAAUCCAGACCGAAGAAGAACAAUAUGAAUAUCAAGAGGAUGGGCAAAGAAUCAGCUCUACCCCCUACCUUGAUUUACAUCGCCCAUCAUACAUCCAAGAGACACCAUAUGCAUUUAUAAAUUGUGAGGAGAAUUUCAAUUUCAGUCAUAUAAUUUCCCAUAAAGAGGAGAAACCAUAUGAGCGUAGAGUGAAUUUCAGUAAGAAACAAUUACGUAUUUUACCCCCCAAAAUUCCCCCAAGGGAGAAACCUUAUGAAUGUCUGAGGUGUGAAAAGACAUUUGCCCAGAGAGGAAAUUUGAUCAUCCAUGAACGGACACACACAGGGGAGAAACCGUAUGUAUGCCUGGUGUGUGGACGAAGAUUCAGUCAAAGCGGUCACCUUACGAGACACCAACGAUUACACACGGGGGAGAAACCAUAUACGUGCUUGCAGUGUGGAAGGCAGUUCAGUGGACGUUCAAAUCUGGUGAAGCACAUAAAGAGCCACACGGAGGAGAAACCGUACAUAUGUACGGUAUGUGGAAAGAGCUUCCGCGACAACAGUGUCCUCGUUUGCCACACAAGGACCCACACGGGAGAAAAACCAUUCAAGUGCCUGGAGUGUGGGAAGAACUUCAGGAGAAGCUGUCACCUUGUGGAACACAAGAGGAUCCAUACAGGAGAGAAACCCUACCAAUGUUUGGAGUGCGGAAAAAACUUCAGUCAGAAAAGCAACCUCUUGCAACAUAAACGAAUUCACACUGGGGAAAAACCCUAUACGUGCCCGGAAUGUGGAAAGAGUUUCAAUCAGAGCAGUCAAUUUAUUUGCCAUAAAAGGAUUCACACGGGAGAAAAACCGUACCGGUGCGUGGAGUGUGGGAAAAGGUUCGGUCACAAUGGUAGCCUUUUGCAGCAUAAAAAAAUUCACACGGGAGAAAAUCCCUAUAAAUGCGCAGAGUGCGGGAAAUGCUUCAAUCAGAACUAUAAGCUUUUGCAACACCAACGGAUUCACACGGGGGAGAAGCCGUACCAGUGCAAGGAGUGUGGAAGGAGUUUCAGUUGCAGUAGUGACUUGAUUUGUCAUAAAAGGAUUCACACGGGAGAGAAACCAUAUAAAUGCCUGGAGUGUGGAAAGGGUUUUAAUAAAAGCAGUCGGCUUACGUCGCAUCGAAGAAAACACACAGGAGAGAAGCCAUAUAAAUGCAGAGAGUGCGGAAAGAGAUUUUCCUAUAGGGAUUGCCUCACAAGACAUCAACGAACCCACACGGGGGAGAAACCGUAUAAAUGCUUGAAAUGCGGAAAGAAAUUCGGUGGACGUUCAGGUCUCAGAAUCCACGUCAGAAUCCACACGGGGGAGAAACCCUACAGGUGCACAGACUGUGAAAAGAGCUUCUGUAAAUACAGUAAUUUCCUUUGCCAUAAAAGGAUCCACACAGGAGAAAAACCGUACAAAUGCACAGAGUGCGGAAAGAGCUUCACGCAGAACGCGAACCUCGUCAAACACAAAAGAAUCCACACGGGAGAGAAACCCUACAAAUGCGCAGACUGCGGGAAAAGCUUCAACCAGACCAAUCACCUUUCGCAAGGUAACCUUACUAUACAUGAAAGGAUCCACACGGGGGAGAAACCCUAUCAAUGCCUGGAUUGUGGAAAGACAUUCGCUGAGAGAACCAACCUUGUCACACACAAAAGGAUCCAUACGGGGGAGAAACCGUAUAUAUGCCUGUUGUGCGGAAAACGAUUCAAUCAGAGCGGUCACCUUACGAGACAUCAACGGACCCACACGGGAGAGAAACCGUAUACAUGCCUGCAGUGUGGGAAGAAGUUCAGUGGAUGUUCCAGCCUUCUGAAGCACGAAAGAAGACACACGGAGGAGAAACCGUACCUAUGUAUGGAGUGUGGGAAGAGCUUCCACGACAUCAGUGUCCUCGAUCACCACAAAAAGAUCCACAUGGGAGAAAAACCGUACAAAUGUGUGGAGUGUGGGAAGAGCUUCAGGCGAGACUCUCACCUCGUGAAACACCGAAGAAUUCACACCGGGGAGAAACCCUACCAAUGCUUGGAGUGUGGGAAGAACUUCCAUCUGAAAGGUAGCCUUUUGCAACAUAAAACCAUUCAUACGGGGGAAAGACCCUACCGGUGUUCAGAAUGUGGGAAAGGCUUCAGACAGAACAGCACUCUUUUCCAACACAGAGCCAUUCACACAGGGGAGAAACCAUACACGUGCCUGGAGUGCGGAAAGAGUUUCAGUCAGAACUACAAACUCUUGCAACACAAAAGGAUUCACACGGGGGAGAAACCGUACAAGUGCGAGGAAUGCGGGAAGCGUUUCAGUUGCAGCAGCGACUUCAGCUGCCAUAAAAAGAUUCAUACGGGGGAGAAACCGUAUAAAUGCCUGGAGUGCGGAAAGGGUUUUAAUAAAAGGAGUUGCCUUACGUCCCAUAAAAGAAAACACACGGGAGAGAAACCGUAUCAAUGCACCGAGUGCGGAAAGAGAUUUUCUUAUAACUUUGUCCUCAGAUACCAUCAACAAACCCAUACUGGAGAGAAACCAUAUAAAUGCUUGAAGUGCGGAAAGGCAUUCAGCAGAUGUUCAAAUCUUAAAAUCCAUAUAAGAAUCCAUACGGGGGAAAAACCGUAUAACUGUCCGGAGUGCGGAAAGAGCUUCCGUAAGGACAGUGACUUUAUUCGUCACAAAAGGAUCCACACGGGAGAAAAACCGUACAAGUGUUUGGAGUGCGGAAAGAGUUUCACUCAGAACGCGAACCUUAUCAAACAUAAAAGAAUUCACACAGGAGAGAAACCGUACAAAUGUGUAGCGUGUGAAAAAAGCUUCAGCCAGAAAAAUCACCUUUCUCAACACCAACAGACCCACAAAAGAGAAAAAUCCUAACUUGGGAGCUUUAUCCCAAAUGUUUUUUUUUUCUCCAAAAGGGACCCUCCUGGAAAAAAACAUAGAAAUAUGUGGUCUAUGGUAUAAUGUUCAAUUGGAAGAGUAGCCCUAUCAGGCCUAAAGAAAUCCAUGUGAGAGAACCAUAAAAAUGCACAGUGUGGGAAUAGAUUCAGAAAGGAUUCCACUCUUAUUUUCUAGAAAAAAUCUUUUGGGAGGAAUGUCUGGAUGGUGGAGAAACCUUUCAUGACCAUCACUGGAAUAGAAAUGGCAAAGAAAAUAUGUUAAAUCAAGAGUCUCCAACUUUGACAACUUUAAGACUUGUGGACUUCAACUCCCCGAAUUCCUCAGUCAGCCAUGCUGGCUGGGGAAUUCUGGGAGUUGAACUUCAUAAGUCUUAAAAUGGCCGAGGUUGGAGAUCCCUGUUUGACAAGGAAUGCUUGAAAGAGGAGAAAAGAUUGAAAGAGCCCCAAAAGGAAUCAUAGCAUGGAAUUGCAGUGAGGUCUCAGGAAUCUUCAGGCUGAAUAAUUUAAAGUUGGCAAGUGAUAUUCAGAAAAGGGGCUAAUUUAAAAAAAGAUCUAUUGGGAACACCUGGUGAUCUGUGGAUUUGGCCAAAAGAAGGAAAAACCAGAAAUGCUUUUUAGCUUGAUUGAACAGUUCCUGGUAUGCAGAGGUCCUUGGUGCUUUCUGAGCUUGGUUGUUUUGUUGCACUUGUUUCAUUACCAAAUUGCACUGAUGAUAUUACCUAGUAUGGUAAUGAAACAUCUACGAGAAAUAAACAAACUCAACCCUGAGCUACAAAUAUUCUA